AUGGCCAGCUACGAUCCGAUCUAUACCACCGACGAGUACGGGAGGCCGUUCAUUAUCCUGCGCGAGCAGGCGAAGAAAACGCGAAGUCAUGGAAUUGAAGCCAUCAAGUCCCAUAUCCUCGCAGCAAAGACGGUCGCAAAUAUCAUUCGCACGUCGCUCGGGCCGAGAGGUCUUGACAAAAUCCUCAUCUCACCCGAUGGCGAGAUCACCGUCACGAACGACGGAGCCACUAUCCUUGGCCAGAUGGAGGUAGACCACCCCAUAGCCAAACUUCUGGUCGAGCUCUCCAAGAGCCAGGAUAAUGAGAUUGGUGACGGUACAACUGGUGUAGUUGUUCUCGCCGGCGCAUUAUUAGAACAGAGCGAAUCUCUGCUCGACCGCGGCAUCCACCCGAUCCGCAUUGCCGACGGCUUCGACCGCGCCUGCUCAAUCGCUGUCAAGCACCUCGACUCGAUCGCUGACAAGAUCGAGUUCUCCAAGGAGAACACCGACAACCUUCUCAAGACGGCCAUGACUUCUUUGGGUAGCAAGAUUGUCUCGAAGGAGCACCGACAGUUCGCCCAGAUCGCAGUCGACGCCGUGAUGCAGGUCGCGGACAUGGAGCGCAAAGACGUGCUCUUCGACUUGAUCAAGGUCGACGGCAAAGUCGGCGGCUCGCUUGCAGACACGACGCUCAUCAAGGGCGUGCUCAUCGACAAGGACAUGUCGCACCCUCAAAUGCCUCACUCAGUCAAAGACGCUCGCAUCGCCAUCCUCACAUGUCCAUUCGAGCCUCCGCGCCCGAAGACGAAGCAUCAUCUGGACGUGACGAGCGUGGAGGAGUACAAGCGCCUGCAAGCGUACGAGAAGGAAAAGUUCGCGGAUAUGAUCAAGCGUGUCAAGGACUCUGGCGCCAACCUCGUCAUCUGCCAAUGGGGUUUCGACGACGAAGCGAACCACUUGCUCAUGCAGAACGAUCUUCCGGCCGUGCGUUGGGUCGGCGGACCGGAGAUCGAGCUCAUCGCUAUCGCCACCAACGGUCGCAUCGUCCCAAGGUUUGAGGAUCUGUCAUCGGAGAAGCUUGGGAAGGCUGGCAUUGUGCGCGAGGUGUCGUUCGGCACUACCCGCGACAAGAUGUUGGUCAUUGAGGAGACGGCCAACACGCGCGCUGUCACGAUCUUCGUCCGCGGCUCGAACAAGAUGAUCGUGGACGAGGCCAAGCGCGCGUUGCAUGAUUCCCUCUGCGCGGUCCGCAACCUCGUUGUCGACAACCGUGUCGUGUACGGGGGCGGUGCCGCGGAUGUCUCUUGCGCAUUGGCAGUGGAGAAGGCGGCGGAAGAGAUCCCGAGUAUCGAGCAGUACGCCAUGCGCGCAUUCGCGAGCGCGUUGGAUGCCGUACCGCUCGCAUUGGCGGAGAACUCUGGUCUCAGCCCGAUCGAGACCUUGCAAGAGGUGAAGAGCAGGCAGGUCAAAGAGGGUAACCCGCAGCUGGGUAUUGACUGCAACGGGCGCGGGGAGAACGAUAUGAAGAAGCAGUUUGUAUACGACCCGCUCAUCAGCAAACGCCAGCAGUAUUUGCUCGCCACGCAGCUCGUGCGGGCUGUACUCAAAAUCGAUGAUGUCAUCACCGCUGGCGAGGCUGACGAGUAG